AUGACUACCUCAUCCCCAUCAACAGCCUUGGGCUCUUCCAUGAGGAGCCACAUCGACAUGAUCCCCAAGGACGACACUCCCACUCUCAUCUCGCCUCCUCCCGCAUACACUCCUCCUCAGACAGCGCCGGCAUUGGCCCUGCUACGACGACAGAUGCGAGAAUCCUUCAUCAUGGGCCGCUCAUCCAUCGCUGACAGCGUACUGGACGUCAUGUCUCCCGAAGAAGACGACGUGGACGACGAAGAGGGCUUCUCUGCGAUUAGUCUUCGGAUUAACACAUCGGUCCACAUCUCUAGCAACAACAACCUCGUCUGCCUCAACGACACGCCAGCCAGCCACGCCAACGCUAUAGCCAAGGCUGUUGUCCAGGCUAUCCAGGAGAACAGCUCCGGUCAAUGCGGGAUUCCCAUGAUUGACGAAGACGGCAGGCCUCGACCUGUCAAGAUUGAGGUCGACGCUGGCAUCACGGUGGAGGGCUCGGGGAACAUUGUGGGCAACGAGGAGGUAGUAAACCAGGUCCUUCGCAUGCGUAGCACGAGACGCAAGAGGUCAGCAGACGAUGAUGAGAGCGACGAUGCAUUCGCCCAACCAACAAAGCGACGCAGAGAAACCAAUAGCAGCAGCAGUAACAGCAGUAACAGCAGCAGCAACAACAAUUCUCCCUGA